CCCGAGGAGGCAGUGCGCUCUCCUCCCGUCUACCCUUGCAUACCGCCUGGCUGUCACAGCAGCAGCAGCAGCAACAGCAGCGAUCCAUCCUCCGCAGCGCUUCACCUUACUCAGUGUACUUCUUUACAUCCCGGCGGACAUGGAGCUGUUCUCGCCCUCCGUAUUCCGCGCCUUUGCGCUUUAGCCGUGCGCUCCCGAACCAAAGCACGGCUGGGCAGAGCGAGAGGCAACCAGCGUUAUUCUCUUGGUCCAGCAAGAGAGAGCUCACCGUAGAGAGGAGGGGAGCCCAGAGAGGAGGACCACACGCUCGGUCGUGACAGCAGAGGCCGUUCUCGGAUAUUUGGCAAACUAAGAGUGGCUUCUUUUUGUUGUUCUCCAUCAUGGCGUGUGACUCUCCAGCUCAGAGCCAGUUUGAAAUCGACCUGUCGGCUUUGAAGGAUCCUUCAGGCAUCUUUGACCUGGUUGAGCUGGUAGGAAAUGGCACCUACGGCCAGGUGUACAAGGGUCGCCAUAUUAGGACAGGGCAGUUGGCAGCCAUCAAGGUCAUGGAUGUCGCUACGGACGAGGAGGACGAGAUCAAGUCUGAAAUCAACAUGCUGAAGAAGUACAGCAAUCACAGGAACAUCGCCACUUACUUUGGAGUAUUCGUCAAGAAGCAACCUCCUGGCAUCGACGACCAGCUUUGGCUCGUCAUGGAGUUCUGUGGAGCUGGCUCGGUGACAGACCUGAUCAAAAACACCAAGGGCAACUCGCUAAAGGAGGACUGGAACGCUUACAUCUGCAGAGAGAUUCUCAGGGGCUUGGCUCAUCUGCAUCACCACAAGGUCAUCCACAGAGACAUCAAAGGACAGAACGUGCUGCUGACUGAGAACGCCGAGGUCAAGCUAGUGGAUUUUGGCGUUUCGGCACAGAUGGACAGAACGGUGGGAAAGAGGAACACAUUUAUUGGGACACCGUACUGGAUGGCGCCAGAGGUUAUUGCCUGUGAUGAAAACCCUGAAGCCACCUACGACUGCAAGAGUGAUUUAUGGUCCCUGGGGAUCACAGCGAUGGAGAUGGCUGAAGGAGCGCCUCCGCUGUGUGAUAUGCACCCAAUGAGAGCCCUUUUCCUCAUUCCACGCAACCCAGCCCCCAGACUCAAAUCAAAGAAAUGGUCAAAGAAGUUCCAGUCGUUCAUUGAAAGCACUCUGGUGAAGAGCCACAGCCACAGGCCCAGCACAGAGCAGCUCCUCCUGCAUCCCUUCAUCACCGAGCUUCCCAACGAGAGACACCUCCGCAUCCAGCUGAAGGACCACAUCGACCGCACGAAGAAGAAGAGGGGAGAGAGGGACGAGACGGAGUACGAGUACAGCGGCAGCGAAGAGGAAGACGAAGAGAGGGACAAAGGCGAACCAAGCUCCAUCAUCAACAUCCCGGGGGAGUCGACCUUGAGGCGAGACUUCUUGCGCCUCCAGCAGGCCAACAAGGAGCGCUCGGAGGCGCAGCGGCGGCAGCAGCUGGAGCAGAAGCAGAACGACGAGCACAAGCGCUUGCUGCUGGCCGAGCGGCAGAAGCGCAUCGAGGAGCAGAAGGAGCAGAGGCGGCGGCUGGAGGAGCAGCAGCAGCGGGAGCGUGAGCUGAGGAAAAGGUUUGAGGAACAGGAGAAGAUCCGAAGGGAGGACGAGAGGAGGCAAGCGGCCAGAGAACAGGAGUAUAUCCGUAGACAGCUGGAGGAGGAACAGAGACAGUUAGAGAUUCUCCAGCAGCAGCUCCUACAAGAACAGGCAUUAUUGCUGGAGUACAAGCGUAAGCAGAUCAUAGAGCAGCGACAGGCGGAACUCCUGCAGAUGAAGCUCCAGCAGGAGAGAGCCUACCUGGUGUCUCUGCAACAGCAGCAGCAGCAGCAGCAGCAGGAGGGGAGGCAAGCGGAAAAGAAACCGCUGUACCACUUCAAGGAUGCCAGUCAUCCUAAUGACAAGCCCACCUGGGCUAAGGAGGUCCAGAAGCAGCCAAAUGCUCCUGGUAAACCAUCUGCACAAGCACUUAAAAAUCUGCCCUCUAGGGAAAACAAAGCCCCUCAAAAAGCACAAAGAAGUCAAUCGUUCGGAGAACCCAGGGUCUCUGAAAAACCCAUUAGAAGAGCCCACAAGAAGAUCCCCGAAAUAUGUGUUUCAGCAGCUGACUGGAUACCCCAAGAUAAACGGGUCACAAAUCAGAACCAGAUUAAGAACCAAAUUAAGAACAAUGCUGGCAAUGGGGCCUUCGAGAAUCCAAGAGGGAAACUCAAGCAGGCACCCAAUGAUCGGGCUAAUUUUGCAGACUCAAAGGCUUCAGGACUGUCCCAAACUCCACAGCACCCGAAAAUAUGUAUGUCAGUAGCACACAGUGCUGGCAAAGGGCCUUUAGAAAAUCAGAUGGGGGGAGCCAGGCAACUGCCCAAAGAGACACUUGGAUCUGCAGAAUCAAAUAUUAGAGCUCUUGAGCCUCCUACCCAGGCUUUGGGACAGACUCAGACUCCACAGUCUGGAGCCUCUUCUAACUCGUGCCUAUCGGUGGAGGAGCGAUCUAAGAUGAACAGGCAGAGCUCGCCAGCGCUGCAGCACAAAGUGUCCCACCGCAUCUCCGACCCUUCCCUCCCUCCCCGCUCCGAGUCGUUCAGCAGCGGAGGCAUGCAGCCCACCCGCAUCCCUCCCAUCCACCGCUCCAUUGAACCACAGAUGGCCCAUCUCAUUCCCGCGAAGGCCCACUCCGGCUCCAUGUCCGGCUCCCCGUCUCUCCAAGACCAGACGGGCUCGGCUCAGAGCGAGGGGGCUGGCGUGGCGUCGCCGAAGCCCGAGACGCCCCGUCAGAACUCGGACCCCAGCUCUGACACCCCAGAACCCCAGCAGCACACCAGCAGCAGGGAGGAACGAGAUCGAGACAGGACCGCUUGGCUGAGGGAAGAGGACAUCCCCCCCAGGGUUCCCCAGAGGACAACCUCCAUCUCUCCAGCCCUUGUUAGAAAGAAUUCUCCAAAUGGUGGUGUGGGUCUGGGCCCUCGCUCCGGUUCGCAGUUCAUACGGGCCAGUAAUCCGGAUCUGCGCCGCUCGGAGCUUUCCCUCGAUGCCAUGCUGCAAAGAACGUCCUCGAACUCGUCAUCGUCGUCUUCUCCUUCGUCUCAGGGAGGCUCGUCCGAGAGGAAAGGCCAGACCAAGCAGGUCGGAACUCUUCUCGGAGCCAACGAAGAGGUCAAGCCCAAACAGGAGGAAGGCCGGGAAUCAGCCAGACCCAGCAGACCUGCAAGCUAUAAGAAAGCCAUAGAUGAGGAGGAGCUGGACUUAAGCGCACUGGCUAAGGAACUUAGAGAACUGAGGGUAGAGGAAGGAAGUCGGCCUCCGGUCAAGGUCACAGACUACUCAUCCUCCAGCGAAGAUUCGGAAAGCAGCGACGAGGACGGGGAGGUGUUGGGGCACGACGGGACCGUUGCCGUUAGCGACAUCCCCCGCAUCAUGCCGGGAGUCCAGGGCAGCUCUGAGUCGUACGGAGGGCUGGCUGAGGACGCUCUGGGAGACUCCUAUGACAGCUCCAGGGACAGUACUCUGAUGAUGAGAGAGGCUGAGGAAAGGAGGAGAGGCGGCCACUCCGAAAGCAAUGGUUUUAGCAACCACAGUAACCAUGGCAACCUGCCCGACCUAGUGCAGCAGAGCAACUCUCCCAACUCCACACCCACCACGGCUCUGCAGGAACUGAGCGACAUGGCCGAGUUUGGUCUGAGUGGGUCCAAAGCGUCGUUUACUCCCUUUGUGGACCCGCGCGUCUAUCAGACCUCCCCGAGCGAAAACGACGAGAGCUCGGCAGCAGCCAUGUUUGCCAACGAGCUGCUGAGGCAGGAGCAGGCGCGACUGAACGAAGCCAGAAAGAUCUCCGUCGUCAACGUGAACCCCACGAACAUCAGACCUCACAGCGACACGCCAGAGAUCCGAAAGUACAAGAAGCGCUUCAACUCGGAGAUCCUGUGUGCCGCGCUCUGGGGUGUGAACCUGCUGGUCGGGACGGAAAAUGGUUUAAUGCUGCUUGACCGAAGUGGGCAGGGCAAAGUCUACAACCUGAUUACGAGACGGCGGUUUUUACAGAUGGAUGUGCUGGAGGGUCUGAAUGUCUUAGUCACCAUCUCUGGGAAAAAGAAUAAGCUGCGCGUUUACUAUUUGUCCUGGCUGAGGAACAGAAUAUUACACAACGACCCAGAAGUCGAGAAGAAACAGGGUUGGAUCACCGUUGGGGAGCUGGAGGGCUGUGUGCAUUAUAAAGUUGUAAAGUAUGAGAGAAUCAAGUUCCUGGUGAUUGCGCUUAAGAACUCAGUGGAAAUCUACGCCUGGGCACCAAAACCUUACCACAAGUUCAUGGCCUUUAAGUCGUUCACCGAGCUGCAGCACCGUCCUCAGCUGGUUGACCUCACAGUGGAGGAAGGCCAGAGGUUAAAGGUUAUCUACGGCUCUUGUGUGGGCUUCCAUGUCAUCGAUGUGGACUCAGGCAAUCCCUACGACAUCUACAUCCCCUCGCAUUGUUCCAAACACAUGAAGAUCCAGAGUCAGGUGACGCCCCAUGCCAUCGUUGUGCUCCCUAAGACUGAUGGGAUGGAGAUGCUGUUGUGCUACGAGGACGAGGGGGUCUACGUCAACACGUAUGGACGCAUCACCAAGGACGUGGUGCUACAGUGGGGGGAGAUGCCUACCUCUGUUGCCUAUAUCCAUUCGAAUCAGAUUAUGGGCUGGGGCGAGAAAGCCAUAGAGAUCCGCUCCGUUGAGACGGGUCAUCUGGACGGCGUGUUCAUGCACAAGAGAGCCCAGAGACUUAAAUUCCUGUGUGAGCGGAAUGAUAAGGUAUUCUUUGCGUCGGUGCGUUCGGGAGGGAGUAGCCAGGUGUUCUUCAUGACCCUCAACAGGAACUCGAUGAUGAACUGGUGACCUUCCUCCGUGUCCACGCUGCCUCGCCCUCCCACUGGCCAGUACGGCAACCCCGUUGUUUCUCCUGCGGGCUAAUGCACGACAAAUGAAACGAACCCAGCCGACUCGGAUCGUCGCGAAUGGACUUUUUUUUUUUUUUUUUUUUUU